ACCCGCACACGCACACGCACGCGUAAUAAAAGAAAAAAACAGAACCCGAGAGAGAGUGUGUGAAUUAUAAGAGGGAAACAAACCCAUGAACGCAUCGGCCUCGCCCUCCUCGUCGCGCUUCCUCCUCUUUGUCUCCUUCUUCGUCGUCGUCGUCGUCCUCUUCCUUGCGCUCCCCGUGACCUCGAUCUCGGCUCCAAUGGCGGACGAGCACGCGAAGCUUCCCCCGGAGGAGGCGGAGGCGGAGGUGGAGGAGGCGAAGGUGCAGAUCGUGUACGUGGAUCGCCCCGAGGGCGCGGAUCCCGAGGAGUUCCACAUCCGCACCCUCGGCGCCGUCCUCGGCAGUGAGGAGGCUGCGAAGGGGGCUGUGAUCUACCACUACACGCACGCGGCCAGCGGCUUCGCCGCGAAGCUCACUCCGAAGCAGGUCGAGGAAUUGCAGAAGCAACCAGGUGUUCUUCAGGUGGUGCCGGACAGAAGUUACCAGCUGCAUGGGCCCAGCACUGCCACCCACCGCAUCAGCAUCAUCUGAACAAACAAACUACUACUACUACUACUACUAUUUUGUGUUGAUGGACAUGUAAUUGCAUGUAAUAUGAGUUAGCUGUGUCGCUUAAGAAGUUGUUUGUACUUUGUACUGCUUAUGCUUUAUAUAAUAAACUAGUGUAAUGAACCGCGCUUCACGGCGGGAGGUCGUAACAUUGGGAGCUAAUAACAUGACUUUUAUUAUAUUUAUU